GACCCAGUGGUUCUUCGGUCAAGCCAAGUGCAGAUCAGUGAACGGCAUGGACCUCCAAAGGCAAAAUGCAGUGCCAAGCGCAAAUCUCGCAAGCAGAAGGCGGAGUCUGAUGAGGAUGCUGUGGAAGAUGCUGAACCUGAAUGUGUGGAGUCUUCAGGCGAUGAAGCUGAUGAUGAGCCAGAGCCA